UCUGCCCUGGUCCGCUAUCGGCUGAUCGCGCUGCUCGCCCAUCCGCCAGAUUUUGUUGCUCUCGUCUUUGCCCUCCCGGUCGGCCUUGAGAUCGCCCAUCUCGCUUCAUUUGUCCCUCCUGUGCGGAUCCUCUCUGCCCACGAUAUCCUUUUCUUUCUUUCUUGUCUUUCUUCCCGGCCUCUGCGGGUCUCUUGCUCUUAUUUUCCGGGUUGUUCACAGGAAGCCACCCACCAAGCUCGCGCGAAACCAUGGAUGAAAUCCUGGACAAGCUACGCGUUCUGAACUACCAGAAGGACUUUUGUCGCUCGAUGGGCUUCCGGCCGCUCAGCCGGGUGUACUUUGUGGUCUCGGCCUCGAACCCGAACGAGCAGUUUUACUAUCUGACGUCGCUCUUCAGCUGGCUCAUGAAGCUGAACCACCAGCCGUUCGACCCGCCGGGGCAGUUUGACGACCCCAAUGCCUCCGCCGCCAAUAUGGUCGAUGCACUGAAGCAGAUGGGGAUCCAAUUCGAGUACGGACCAAAUCGUCUGAAGCAGGGAUAUGGCGAGGCGGUCUUGUAUACCCUGCAGAAUCUCGUCGACAGAGCCCUCCAGGCAAACGGAUUUGUCUUCCAGAAGCCGGCUCAUCGAAACGACGACUAUCCAGAGGAGGCCGAGGUGGACAUGGACGCCGAGGUCACGACCGAGCUCGUCGAAGACCGGCUGGAGGUCGAAGAGGAGGACGAGGAGGUGUUUGUGGACUCGUACACCCCUGGCCCGAAAGCCGAUGAAUCCAAGCAGACUCCGCAGGCGGCAGCCACCAAGCCCAAGAUUGACCCGGCCGAAUGGCGGAUCGAAGUUGAGCGAGUCAGCCCGUUUCUCAAGGUCCAAAUCACCAACGACAACAAAGAUUGGCGCAUCCAUCUGGAGCAGAUGCAGCACCACAAAGUGACAAUCCACUCCUCGCUCUCCGAGACCAAGACCCACCUCACCAAGCUUCACGCCGAGAUCGAAAAGACACUCGAGAAGAUUGUGUCUCGAGAAAAGUACAUCAACACCCAGUUCGAGGGCCAGACGGAGGAGUUCCGGAGCUUGCAGGACCAGCUCUCGGAACUAAAGCAAAAGUACAACAUCACCAACACCAACGUCACAGAGCUCACCAACGAGCUUUCGAAGCUGUCCGAGAUGCUGGAUGGCGUCAAAGCUCGGAUGGACGACAUUGGCAACGGCAUGACGGACUCACGUCCACUGGUGAACAUCAAGCAAGGUGUCUCCAAGCUCAAGGCGGAGAUCAAGCAAAUGGAUCUCCGGAUCGGUGUUAUCGAGCACACGCUGCUCCACGCCAAGCUCUCUGCAAAGUCGGGGCUGGUUUCGGAUCGACCCAAUUAUGGACUGAUUCAAGUGCGCUGAGACAUGAGAUCGGCAUUGGGGAGAGCCCGUUUGUCCCACGGAUGAUGCGAGGCAAAGCCGCUGCCUUCCUCAAUCAAUACACUUGUUCUGGGCCGACUCUACA